CCGGUCUGACCGGGGCCCUCGCGGUACCUGCUCGCGGUCCGCGUAGGCACGCCGCUGACGGCGCGUGGACUGCGCGUGCGCGGACGGCCGCCAUUUUGAGAGGUCCGGUGGUAGGCCCGACUGGCUGGGCGAAGAGAAAGAGGUGCGGUGUUGCGUGACUGGCUGCGAGACGACCGAGAGAGCGUGUGUGUUUGUUGUGUUGUAAAAAUUUUUAAUUCACCUUUCACGGGGAAGAAAAGACCGCACGUUUGGACGAGAAAAUGUCGUCGUACAUCCAGGUGGCCGAGGACGAGGGCGACGAGCCGAUUGAGCUGCCUACAGAGGACGAUAGCACGCUUUUAUUGACCACCGUGACCGCCCAGUUUCCUGGAACGUGCGGCCUGAAAUACCGCAAUCCCGAGUCGCGGACGAUGCGCGGCAUCCGUCUCGUUGACGGACGUCUUCAUCCGCCCGAAAAUGGAUGGGGAAAGGCGGUCUACUUUUGCGUAUUCCCAAAAGAGAACAAACGUAAAUCUGAUGACAAUUUGGAAAAUUCCACAGCUAAAACUAAGAGAAUGGAAACAAAGUUGCGUUGCACAGACUUGAUCGUACUUGGUUUACCAUGGAAAACGACAGAGCAGAAUUUGCGCGAGUAUUUCGAAACGUUCGGCGAAGUACUUAUGGCUCAGGUAAAAAAGGAUGCAAAGUCCGGGCAAAGCAAAGGAUUUGGAUUUAUUAGAUUCGGAAGUUACGAAUCCCAAUUGAGAUGUCUCGCGCAGCGGCACAUGAUCGAUGGUAGAUGGUGCGACGUCAAGGUUCCCAACAGUAAGAAUAUUGAUGGCUUAAUGAUGGCUCGUCAGUAUGAUACGAGUAAACACAAUGAAUGCUACCGUCCUAUACCGGUUCACACGCCGAGUAACCGACGGGUGCCUGUGACGAAACCGUAUAUCAACUUAAAUGCGCCCGACGCUGGUAAUCCGCCUAGGUACGACUCGGAGUACGAUUAUAAAACCACCCAUUACCCGUCGUACCCGCCGAACUAUCCGUACGACGAUAACACUAAGUACAAGUACGAGGGCCAGAGUUACAAUGCGUACGAGAAACCGAGCUAUCCAUCCUACGAGGAGCCUGGGUACGACACGCGGAAUUACAUGGUCCAGCACGCGCCGGUCGCGCCGAACUCAGCCAGCAGCUAUCCGUCCGACGCCGAAUACGCAAGAUACCCGAGCUACGAAGGACGCGCCGCCGUCUACCCGGUCGCGGAGAAUCCCGACUACGCUGAGAAAGCCAGAUACAAUUACGGUUACGAUAGAAAUUAUUACGAGGCGACGGACGCGCGUUACCCGUCCGCGGAUUGUAGAUACCCGAUGGACGUACGGUACACGGACACCAGGCACGCCGGCGACAAUAGAGUCUCCACUGACAGUAGAGAGCCUGAUUGUAGAUACCCGGUGGACAGCCGCGACAUGGAGAGAAGAUACGCGGUGGAUGGUAGGGAUCCCGAUGGUAGAUACGCGGUCGACAAUAGAGAAGUCGAAGCCAGAUACCAGGCGGACGGUAAGGAAGUCGACGCCAGGUUCGCGGACGCGCCAAGAUACGCGGCCAAGGAGAACUAUUACGACCGUUACUACAAGCACCGUCCAUCGAGGGAUCACCACGCCUCGGACACGUCAAGAUACUGAUGAGUCUUGUUACUAUCAAAAGCUAGCAUAGAAUGAUCACUGUCACGAAUGCUUGCGGAUGUGUACACGAGGAUUAUAAUUUGGAUACCCUGUAAAUGUCUGGCUGGGAGCAAACUAGUUUUUAAUCGUCGACCUCGCGCAGAGUUUAGCUGAUGUAUCGUUUUGGAGAUCCUUUGCUCGUCGAGCCGAGAAGCACAGCCGUUGCAAAUCGUGCUGCAAGCAUAGAAAAAUGAAAGAAAAGAGAAAAAGGAAAGACAAACGUGUUAUUCCCCUUGAUUCGUGAUCUUUGUUACAAAAUAGUAAAGCAAAAAAAAACAAUAUAUAUAUAUAUCGUCUGAUAUUAGCAGUAGCCUCGAAUAACUGUCUACAUUUUACCAACCACUGUGUUUAUUCAGUUUAAGAUAAUGUAAUAUAUAGCAUGAGAUUUUACAUCGAAUAUAAAAAGAAAGGACAUGUUGUACAGAUUUGUGCAUGGAUUUAAAGAGGCCAUAGUGCUUAAGUGUUACACGCAACAGACACGUACACACAUGUACACACAUACACACACGCGCGCGCGUACGGAGAUAAAGUGUAAAUUGAAUCGUCAUCUUUUUUUUUUUUACCCGAGAUCGAUAAACUAGACAUGUGUAUUUAAAGAAUUCUCUAAAAAGUAAGGCUUGACGUCGGUGCAGAUUAGUGCGGAUUUUUGUUUUUAAUGGAAAGGAUUGAGAUAGUAGAUUACAGUAAUAAUAGUAAUGGAUGUAUUUGGCCGAAGGAAAUUAGCGGUAAUGUGCGCUGGACGCAAGUUUUACUGUAACAAAUGAAAGAAAAACAAAACAAACCUGUGAAAAUCUAUUGUACAUGAUUGAUUGAUUGUGCGUUUGU